CAUACACACAUAAUCAUCAAAGAUAAAUGAAGAAAGAAAGAGUUCAUUCAGCGUAAAUACAACAAACAAUCCAUAUCACAAAGUCUGUAUGCAAGCACAUAUACGAACUGUUUCUGUUUUCGUUUAGUAUUAUUGAACCGUCUGGAGUGACAGAUUCACAUUCAUUCUAUAGCCGGUAAUACUGCUGUUCUAACUGAAUACUACCUAUACGUACAGUGAAAAUAAGUGUUUCGUUUCUGUUCGAUUUCAUUUAUUUGUUAUCAAUUGAUUCUGUGUACCUCAGCGAAAUUAUUUCCUGUUAAUUUGCUUAGUUUAUUGAUUUUUUGAUUGUGGCAAAAAAAAAGUAACACAAACACCGAUAACACAAAUGGAAGACAGUGCAGACAUCUCGGUAAAAGUGUCUAAAGUUCCACAUGGCGUCAAGAGAUUGGACGAAUUGAAAAAAUAUUUCGUUGAUGAAUAUGGUUGUGAGCCUGAAUAUUUCGUUAAAGUUCCGGGACGGGUGAACAUAAUUGGUGAACACAUAGACUAUUGCGGAUAUCCCGUGCUACCUAUGGCACUCGAGCAAAAUAUUAUGGUAGCUGUGGCUGUGUCCCCUAGUACAACGAAAUUGCAGUUAGCAAAUAUCAACCCAAAGUAUAGGUCGUUCGAGUGUGAUAUUACCGCGUUCGAAAUUGAUAUUGGGGAUGGCAGCCCUGAUUGGUACAAAUAUUUUUUGUGUGGAGUGAGGGGCGUCAUUGAACAUUUUUCCGUUGUGCCAGUUUGUGGAAUGAAAGUUCUUGUUUCCGGAAAUAUACCUCCCGCUAGUGGCUUAUCGAGUUCGAGUGCCUUAGUUAGUGCGGCAACGUUGACGACAAGCUAUGCUAAUAAGCUAUCGCUUAACAAACAAGUACUUGCAGAAAUUUCGGCGAAAUGUGAAAGGUACAUUGGUACACAAGGUGGAGGCAUGGAUCAGGCGAUAGCUUUUUUAGCGAAAGAAGGGUGUGCCCAGUUCAUUGAUUGGAAUCCCCUGACAGCCACGCCGGUUUCUCUGCCAGAAAAUGCGGUGUUCGUCAUUGCUAAUAGUUUAUCUGAAGCGAAUAAAGCCGCGACGAAUGAUUUCAAUCAAAGGGUGGUGGAAUGUCGCAUUGGAUGCAGUAUUAUUGCAAAGUCGCAAGGACUACAUUGGAGAAAAAUUAACAGAUUUGCGUCACUCCAAAAGGAACUUGGUGUAAGUUUAGGCGACUUGCGUGAUCUCGCUGACGACUUGCUGAAGAAGGAAAUCUACUCAAGGAAUGAUAUUCUGGAAAUUCUAGACGUGAACGAUGUAGAAUUCGAAGAAAUUUUUCUCUCAUCCAACACGAAAGGAAUGAACAAAUUUAAUUUACGUGAUCGAGGUCUGCAUGUUCUGCAAGAAUCGAUUCGAGUUCAAACGUUUUGUGAUUUAUGCCGAUCGAGCGGAUCCAUAUCCGAUUUAUCGAUGCUAAUGCGUCAAUCGCAUCUCAGCUUGGAUAUCCAGUAUCAAUGCUCGCAUCCGAAAUUGAACGAACUCGUAGAAAUUUCGGAUAGAUUUGGCGUUGGAGCUAGGUUAACUGGUGCCGGAUGGGGUGGCUGUAUCGUUGCGCUAUGCGAAUCCAAAGAAAAGAGCCAGGAGUUCAUAAGCGAGCUCAAAGAGCAAUACUACAAAAAGUUGCCUGAAUUUGGAACUGGUCUUAAUUUGGAAAAUGUAGUUUUUGCCACGAGCCCACAGGCGGGUGCUGAAAUAUUUACAAUUUGAGCCGAUAUUGCGAUACACUUUUGCCGAAUGUUUUUCAUUUUUCUCUUUCUGUUACCAAAUUGAUCUUUUAGCGAAAUUAAAUUUAUUUUUUUGUGACAAAU